AAAUAUAAAUAUGGAUAUUAUUAUUUAAAAAACAUAAACAUUUGUUUAAGAAACACUAAAAAAUGCUGAAAAAGGACACGAUUAUGACCAUGUUGAACGUGUUUGGAAAUACUCUUUGAAAAUUGCUUAACUAGAAGAGUAGAAAAAUACAUAAUAAAAAAUAAACUUUCUUGUCCUAUAAUUAGCAGCUUUAUUACAUGAUAUUGCUGAUUAUAAAUUCCAUGCAGGAAAUGAGGAUAUAGGGCCUUAAACAGCUUCUGAUUUUUUGAAAAAUACUGGUCUUGUAGAUUAAGGAACUAUAGACUAAGUUACUCAUAUAAUAAUAAACAUAUCUUUUAAAGGAGCUUAAGUAUAAAAUACUAUGAAAUCAUUGGAAGGAUUAAUUGUUUAAGAUGCUGAUAGGUUAGAUGCUUUGGGAGCUGUUGGAAUAGCCAGAUGCUUUGCUUAUGGGGGUUUUAAAAAUAGGGCACUUUAUGAUCCUCAAAUAUAGCCUGUUUUACAUAAUAGUUCAGAUGCUUAUAAGAAGAAUUAAAGUCCUAGUUUAAAUCAUUUUUAUGAAAAAUUGUUUCAUUUAAAAGAUUAGAUGAAUACGUAAAGUGGGAAGGAAUUAGCGGAAAAAAGACAUGAUUUCAUGGUUGAGUUUGUUAAUAGAUUUAAAUAAGAAUGGGAAGGUAAUUAGUGAUUUUUUUUAUUAAUAAAAUUUAAUUUUUUAUGAGUAUCUUUAUUUAAUUAUUUAUGAUAUUUAUAAAUAUUUAUUUUU